GGAGUCUCUCACUUCGGAUAAACUUCUCCACCUUUCCCCCCUCAGUGAACAGAGAAUGUGACCUGUCUGUUGGAUAUUUAAAGAUUGGAAAGGAUUUCGGGUUUCACAGUGUUCGUAUUUCAGUGAAUGAGGAUUAGUGCGCAGUUGAUCUCCAAAAUACGCGCCGCGUGAAGGAAGGAUUGAGGGUGAGUUCAGGUGCACGAGCUGCAGCCUGUUGAUCGGCAUUUUAAUUUGAUUUCACAACGAGGACGUGCGGAGGCGGUCUGAGAGAUGGAUGCAGAAACAACCGUCUGGUUCUUGUUGAAGACGUGGUUCUCCUUCCUGCAGCUCCUCCUCAUGAGACCUGGAGAGCGCUGUGUCUCCUCCAGCCCCAACUGACCCCCCUUCUACUGUCUCAGACGCAGAGGGGAGGCAUCAUGUCUGCAGGCCGCAGAAAGCUCUGCGUGAUCAUGAUGCUCAACGUCUUCGUCUGCCUCCUGGUUUGCGUCACGUGGAACCUCCGGCGUCACAAAAGUGGCCGCCACAAAGUUCGAAUCCCAUCCGAGAGGUUCUGGCAAAGGCACGAAGAGAGUAAAUCCUUCUGGAACAAGGAGCAGCAGCGCCUGGACUUCCUCUUCAACCCCAUUGUGAACUCUUUGCUCUCGAGCGACUCCCUCAUCAAGCUGCCUGAUUGGCUGAAUAACACCGGGCCCCCUGACCUCUGUGAGCCGGAUAACAGAGUCCCAAUGCAAAUUAUGGACUACAACUCCCUGCCAACGGGCUUCCAGGAUUUUCUUUUGCACAUGCGCUGCAGGACAUACCCCAUGCUGAUAAACCAGCCUCAUAUCUGUAAGGGAAAACCCUUCCUGCUGCUGGCGGUCAAAUCCCUGAUCCCACACUUUGACCGGCGGCAGGCCAUCCGUGAAACAUGGGGUCGGGCGGGGGUCAUAGCUAAUCGCUCAGUGGUGACGGUGUUCCUGCUAGGCAACACCUUGCCCGUGGAUCACUUCCCAGACCUGCUGGGGAUGCUGGACCACGAGGCGAAGCUCCACAAAGACGUCCUCCAGUGGGACUACCGGGACACCUUCUACAACCUCACCCUGAAGGAGGUCCUGUUCCUGGAGUGGUUCAGCGAACACUGCCCCCAUGGCCAGUUCAUCCUGAAGGGUGACGACGAUGUCUUCGUCAACACCGUACGGAUUGUAGACCUCCUGGAGGGCCUGCCGGAGAAAAAAGCCAAGGAUCUGUUCAUAGGUGAUGUUAUCAAUGACGCUGGGCCUCACAGGAACCGGAGACUCAAGUACUUUGUCCCGGAGAGUGUGUUUGCGGGGAUGUACCCGACUUAUGCAGGUGGCGGAGGAUAUCUGUACUCGGGGGAGUUGGCUCUGCGUCUCCACAACGCAUCCCGGCAGGUGGUGCUGUAUCCCAUUGACGAUGUCUACACGGGGAUGUGUCUGAAGAAGCUGGGCCUGGCUCCUGAGAAGCAUGAAGGAUUCAGGACGUUUGGCAUUGAUGCGAAGUACAGGGACAACCCGUGCGUCUACAGGAACUUGAUGCUGGUGCACAGCCGCACGCCACAGGAGAUGUUGACCAUCUGGCCGUGGAUCAUCCACCCGGAGCUGGACUGCCAGUGAGGGUCAAGUCAGGUUAGUUUAUGGAUUUAUGAAGAGAACUGGAUACAGAGUUGGAGGUGGGACCCCGUUUUGUCCAAUGAAAGUUGCUCAGUAGUGUAUGAAGCCAAAAUGGUCUGACUCUCGAGUACAAAAAUGUUUUCCUAAAUUGUGAUUAAUAAAGAACAUCUUAUCAUUUUAUCUUAUCUUAAAAGUACCCGUAUCUGGGCCCAUAGAGCAUGGGCACUUGUGUGUUGCUUAAGCCCCGCCUCCUAUCUCCUAUUCUUGGCUCAGUCAAAUGAAUGGAGAGGUAAAAUAAUCCUGAAUUUAGCUUUUAGCCCCUUUUACAACUUUUACUACCUAAUGAUUUAAAUAAGCGCUAUAGAGUGUUCGUGAUGGGUAGAUUUACAGACAUGACAACGGGAAAACGUUUUUUCAGCCCAAUGAAAUCACUGACUGACAGAAGAUGUAAUACCGCCGUUUGGCCACUGCGAAUAGAAUUUGCUUCAAUAUCCGGCACACUUUCUGGGGGCCUGGGUUACUCCAUACAUUGGGAAAGAGACAUCUGUAUUCUUUUUUUAAGUUAAGUAAACUACCCAGUACAAACACUUUUAAAUACCUCUUCAAAAUCUAUGUUAUCGACCUCUUCAAAUCAUUAGGGUCUAAAAGUUGUGAAAUGUGCUAAAAGCUAAAUCCCCUCUCCAUUCAUUUGACUGAGUCGAGAGCGGGAAAUCGGAGUUAGGGCUUAAGGAAAACUCAAGUGUGCUCAAUGGGCCCAGAUCCAGGAACCUUUUUAUCUACUGUCACUCCAUUCGUGGACCUGUCUCCAAUGCUGUAUCCAAUUCUCUUUAUACAUCCAUAGGUUACUCCCGUAGGGUCCUUGGGGCACUUUGAUGACUCCCUAUCUGCCUCCAAAUACCCUGAUUUUCCGCCGGUCUCAUGCACUCCACUGCUGUUUUCCACCUCUUUAUGUUAGUCAGCCAUUCUCUCCUUGGUAUUCAUGCACCGCCUUUAAAUGUUCCUGCUGCUCCAUAUCUUAUCUAGUUUUACAAACUGACCUCUAGCAAUGGCCACUCCUCUCUGUUUUUACAAAUCCAAGGUGUUACACAUAUACCUGAGGCUGCCAGUGAACACCUGCAUAUGUGUUUGCACUAUUGAGAUUACACCUUGAUGUGUUGAACCCUGUUGCAGCAACCUGAAAUCAGUCCUGUCUAGAGAGAGUCAGGCAACAAUUGCACAAAACACAAUAUUUUGUGUAAGAUCUGUUAAUGGCAUGGCCUUGUCCUAGUGAGUACAUCAUACAGUGAGUUACAUACAGACUUUUAAAGGGUAUGCAUGUUGUAAAACCCCCUCUGUACCAUGAACCUGCUUUCAACGAGACGUAUACACUGCAGGGAAUUUCAAGGAUAGUUUAUUUCUCCUCCAACAGAUCCUUAAUUUUUAUUGUUAUACAACACGCCAUCCGAUACCUUAAAACAUCUGAUUCACAAAGAUCAAAUGCUUUGGGACUUUACAGUAUUUAUAUUACAUUACAUUUAGCUGACGCUUUUAUCCAAAGCGACUUUCAAUAAGUGCAUUCGACCAGGAAGAUACAAACUUGAAGAAAACAGAAUCAUACAAGUACAUCAGGUUUCAUAGAGCCAAAACAUUUCAAGUGCUACUGAACUGGCUUUAGAUAAGCCAGUCCUUUAUUAGUAUAUAAGUGCUUUGUUAGCAAUUCUUUGUUAUAACCGUUAAACAAUUUCUAUUUCAAUCCUCAAGUCCCAGCAAAACCUGUGAGUUAGUAAUAUUUUAUUUUAGUUAUCAACAGUGUUUUUAAGCGGACUCUAUACAUAUAAUAUUUGUUUUUCAACUAUCUGUAUAAUACUUGAAAGUAAGCAUUUGGGAAACUGACCAAACAAAAAUGACCCCUUGCUAAUGUUAGCCAGAUAGUAUAUGCACACAAUAGUUUUUCAAAUCAAAAUUCAUGCAUUCAUGCCAACUGUGCACAAAGCAGUGUUAGUGGUAAAAGAUACGUUUUUGGUACGUAGUGUGUUAAGUCAAGAAAAACGUUGGUAACUGAUAUUUUCCUACAUUUAUCACAACGUUUACUACUACUGCUGCUUCUACUAAAAGGAGAUGAACUCUGAUCCCACACAGACUGUUUUCUGUAAAGCCAAAACAAGACGACAGAGUUUAUACAUUAAAAAUCUACAUUUUGUAGUUAUUAUUAAAUGCUCAGUGUUGUUUUUAACAUCUCAAAUGUGAUGUUGCUGCUGUUACUGUGCAUUCAUUCUCUGUAUUUGUAUUUUAAUAAUAUAUUGUAAGCAAUAAAUGUGUUUUUCCAUCACCUUCAUCAACAGAUUUGUUUGGGUUCACUCUGGUCCUGUUUUCAAUGGUUUGUUUAAAUGGUUUUGGUGAUACAAAUCUGUUCCAAUGAGAAUAAAAAAAUAUGU